AUGGCCGGGUUCUUGGGGUCCGCACCUGCUGGCGGCCCCGAGCCUCGUUCACUGCCACUGCUGCUGACCGGAGCCGCCAGUCAGCCCGGGGACUCCAGGGCAGCGGCCGCCUCAGCCCCCUCAGCCCCCUCAGCCGGCGCCGCCGCCGCCUCAGGCCUCUCAUCCGGAACCGCCGCAGCCGCUGCCUCAGCAGGUACUGCCGCCUCCGCCUCAGGCCCCUCAGCCGGUACCGCCGCCGCCGCCGCCGCCUCAGCCCCCUCAGCCGGCACCGCCGCCCGCCCGGCCGUGGCCCAGGAGCCGCUGCACAGACGGCCGGUGUACCUAACCAUGUAUGUUAACAAUGAUUACAGGCUGGAGACUGAGAAGAACUACCAUGUUUGCCAGCUGGGAUGCAGAAGAAUUUGGACUUCUGGGUUCCAUAAAUGGGCUGAGGAGAAUGUGAAAACACUCCAGGAGAGAGGGGUUACAUAUGUCAAUGCAAACUCAUCCACAGAAGGCAAUUAUACUCUCAGAGUGGACUGUACACCCCUUCUUUUCCAGUUGGUAUAUAAACUGACAAAAGAGUGGAGGAAUCAGACAUCAUUCAUCUGGAGAAAUGCUGUUGGUUGCUGAAGGCUCAAUCACGAACUGGAUGAUUUGAUUUAGAGACAUUUGGCCCAUUGGUUUCACCACCAAUUCAUCCAUCUCUGAGUGAAGGUGGGAAUCCUUCUAUUUUUUACAAAUGUUCUUUGCUAAAUACGUGAGCCCUGUUCUACCUUUGGAGCCUUGUGUAAGUGGGUUUACCUUUCUGCACCUGAAUAUUCUCAUAUAUAAACUCAGUUUGACCAAGACAGUCGUUAUGAAACUGUGCUCCAGUGUGGUGCCUCAGCGUCUGGUGCAGGGGUCAGGGUGAUGGACAUUGAAUAGGCAAAGCUCUAGCUUGCACACAUGACCCCAGCUCUUCCUCAGCUGUGGAGUCUCUACUGUAUUUCUUUUAUAUAGAAGAAGUUUCCACUGCUGUAUCCUUCCCCCACCCUUAAAAAAUUAGGAAAGUACUGGACUAGACCAUCUCUAAGAUCCCCACUUAGCUCUGAUCUUUUCACUGCUAUAUAUAUAUUUUUCAAAUGAGGUUUACAAAGAGUAGUUGUGGGUGAUAAUCACAAAAACUGUAUUUGAAAUCUGAAAGCUUGAGUUCUGUUUCUGAUUCAGACCUUUUUAAAAAAACCUAUUACUUUUAGCAAGUCAUUUAACUACUUCUUAACUUCAAUUUUCUGCUCUUUGAGGGCACAGAAUUAGAUUCUUGAAAUAGUCUGUAUUCUUCAGA